AUGUCACCUGGAACUCUAUCGACGCAGCCCAACGUUCCCGGCAUUCCCCCUGGCAGUGGACUAGCCCUGGCUCUCGCUUACUACAACUACGGCCUGCUACUGGAUCCGAAACAUGUCCAUCUGCAUACGAAUCUCGGAAGCCUUCUGAAGGACAUUGGCCAGCUUGAUCUGGCUAUUCAGAUGUACGAGCAAGCUGUUCAGUGUGAUGGCAACUUCGAUAUCGCCUUGACGAACCUCGCAAACGCCGUGAAGGACCGCGGACGCGUCAACGACGCUAUUACAUACUACAAGCGAGCUGUUAACUCCAAUCCCGAGUUUGCUGAAGCUGUGUGUGGGCUCUCCACCGCCCUCAAUUCAGUUUGUGACUGGAGAGGCCGAGGGGGCGCGCUCGUUCAAGGAGGCGACUUCGACCGUUGGCACGUCGACGAUGACGGCAUGUUGGUGGACGCACGCCUACAAGGUCGAUUUACCGGUCUUACCAAGAAGGUUAUCGACAUUGUGGCCCGUCAGCUCGAGGACGCAUCGACGUGGGGUUCAGGGGCGCUAUGCGAAAGCGAUAUACUUCCUCUCGCUGUACAGCUUCAAUCGAUCGACCCCGACUUGAAGGAUACCUCACCUGAUUUGGCGGGAAAACUUCGAACAUGGACAAAAAGCCCAUGGGAAGGAUCUCGGGUGUUGAGGCUGGUGGAGCGAGCCACGCGGGCUUCCAUGCGACAAUGGUACUGUGACAAAUACGUUCGAGGUGUAGUCAACGGUUCCAAGUAUGAGCGACCGCGCUUGCCAGCCAACUUGACCGUGCCCUCGGCUCCUACUGUCCUACCUUUCCAUACCUUUACGUGCCCCUUGACAGCGAAAGACAUUCGCAUGAUAUCACAGCGCAAUGCCUUCAGGAUCUCAUGCUCAACACUACGAUCACCAUGGCUGCCAAACACCGUGUACCCGCCACCUCGACCUCCUUCGCCGCAUCUUAAUGUUGGUUACGUGUCGUCGGACUUCAACAACCAUCCUCUGGCGCACUUAUCGAACGAGAAGCGCCAGUCUUCAGGGACGCGAGCAAUUGGUCUUCAGACAGGCUCGUGGAGCAAAUAG